AUGUCCGAAAAGAUGGAGGUCAUUGGCCUAAGCCCAGGGCAAAGUCUCAACCCAAGGCUGAGCCCACUAAUCCCCCCGCUGGACCCCAGUAUCUCGCCGAAUACCGUGUGCGAUUAA